CCAACAACAACAACUACACCAACUACAGCACCAACUACAACACCACCAACGACACGAACAACAUCGACACCAACAACAAUAAUGACGACAUCUAUACAUUCGUCAACUGAUUUCAGCUCAUCAACCUCAUCAUCUCAAACCGAGAGCGGCACUACGGCCGUUUCUGCAGCUUCAUCACCACCAUCAUCAUCCUCAGUGACCUCAGAUGCUACGAAUACGACCGUCACCCUCACAACCGUUCAAACAAAUGACACCACCGUAACCACCACCACCACCGUAACCAACACCACCACCGUAACCAACACCACCACCAGCAGCUCUACCACCACAACUGGUUCCACAACCAGUAAAAUGGCCUCAGAACCACCAACCUCAUCCGGCGCCCCAACCACCAGGCCUGAUGCUGCCUCUUCCAGCAGACCCACGUCAACCACAGCCCCCACCAGCAGUCUGACGCCGGAGAAGGAGGAACAGAAGUCGGAGGCACUUAGCCCAGGAACCAUCGUUGUCAUCGUGGCCAUUUUCCUGCUGCUGGUUCUGCUGGUGCUGGGAGGAUUAUACCACCACAAGUUCAGACGGGCGUCGUACGGCCCCCUGCUGAGCAGCCACGAACACGGCUCUUUAGGAAACUUCACCAACCCCAUGUACGACCCCUGAUGACCCCUGAUGACCCCGGAUGAAUCCACAAAUCCUGCACUCUGAGCCGUUUGACGAUGGCAGUAAAUUCAGAUUAUGAACGUCUCUGCUAUACAAACACUGGUUAAAUGGCAUUUCUUUGGUGUUUUUUGGCGUUAAGAACUUUUUUCUUUAAGUUUUUGCACUGAAAGUUGAAGUAGGAAUUAUAAGUUGCAUAAAAAAGGCCAACAAAGAACAAAAACAGCAUAAAAAAACAAUACAUUAAUUAUUUUUUAGCUGGGAAUUUAUCUUGUUUUUACAUAAAUAUUGUCAAUUGUUUUUGCAAUCCUUGCAGCUACAUGGGUUACUUUAAGCAAAACUGUGAGAUAAAAAGAAAUGAACUAAAAUAAGAAUUAGUUAAAUUUAGUUUUUAGUGAAAGUAUUUAUUUUCCAAUAAAUUGUAAUGUUUAGUAAUUGUGACUAUUUUAAGAUCAAACUAAGAAUUUUUGUUUUAUAUCUUAUUUGCAUUUUUAUGAUUUAAAAAUCAAAUAAAUAGAUGCGUUACUUCAUUCAUGUUAAAGUUAAUUCUAAUUCUGUGUUUCUGUUUAUUUUUUUCCUGUUUUGAACAUUUACAGCAGGUUGUUUUGUAAUU